AUGGGUCACAACAGCUCUACGCACUCUGGCCUGAUUUUCUCUAGGAGAAGAAGAUCUGAUAAAGAUGUUGCUGAUAAUUCUGCUUUGACACAGGUGUUUUUGAGUACUGUAAGAGGAUACCCUCAGGAAGAUCUCCUCAAGAUCACCGACUACUACAAGCCUGACCUGGUGUAUGUGAUUGAAUAUGAUAUCACCAGUAUCCUGCAGAACCUGGUCACCAAACAAAUCCUUACUAAUGAUGAAGCAAAGAGAUCCAAAGACAAAGAAGAGUCUGAAGGCACAGAAGGCGUGGAGUCCUUUGUCAAUGAGGUGAUAACAAAGGGUGGAGUGUUGUUGUUGGGUCUGUGGGAGGCAAUGGCUGAAGAAAUGGUGAGAUAUCCAUCACCUAACCUCACUAGAAUACUGAAGGAGGUGACAGAGGGGGGAGCAAACCUCUUGAAGGAAAUUGAAGUCAGUCUGCAGUCCCCUCCUAUUCGGAUAGACCUUAAAGUUGUUCUAAUUGUGACUUUCAGGCUUACAGAAGACCCACAGAGAUCAUAUAUUUGGGUCAACAAGCAAUCUGGAAUACCAAACCCACCCUGGAGUGCCCCAUGCCAAUGCUGUGGGCCUUGA